AUGGUCACCGAUUUCAUCCCGUCAGCUUGCAACACCACCGACAACUCCGACCUCUGCUACUCCUCCAUCUCUCCUUAUGCCCAUGUCAUCAAACAAAGCCCUGCCGCUCUGGCUCUCAUCGGCAUCACCGUGGCUCAUCCAGUGCUCCGUCGUGUAGCCUCCGAUGUCUCUGCUCUCUCCCCCAAAGCCAACGGCAGUUACGCGGGCGCGCUUAGCGUCUGCGUUGAGACCCUUGGAACCGCCUUAGAUGACGUAGGUGGCGGGUUAUAUUGGAUGCACUCCCCGAAAACCGAGUGCACGGACGGGUUCGAAGAUGAACCUGAAGGUUCGGUGAAGAAGGAGGUAGUGGAUCGCGUGACGUAG